AUGUACAAAAUUAGAUCCUCGCAACUUUCGCCAUAUUGGCGGGCGCGACGCCUGACAGAUACAGUCCGCCUUCAGCUGGUGGAGGGGGAGGAUUCUCCGGAGGAAGUGGAGGAUCUUCCGGUGGCAGAGGAUUUUCUGGAGGAGGUGGAGGAUUCUCUGGAGGAAGUAGAGGAUUUUCCGGAGGAGGAUUCUCAGGUGGUGGAGGUGCAGGAAGAAAGUGGUCCACCGCCAAGUAUUCCUCCCCCAAGAAUCGACCAUAACAUCCUAUUUGUCCGCGUUCCUGAGAAGGGAGCAGCGCCUGAGCCAAUCAUCGUUCCUCCACCAAGGCAACAGAGCGUGGUGUACGUCCUGAACAAGGACGAUGGAGGAGGAGGACAGCAAGUGAUCGAAGUGACAGUUCCUCCACCGUCCAACCCUGAGGUUUACUUCGUCAACUAUGCUGAAGGAGAUAACCCUCAACUGCCUAUUGGAGUUGAUCUCCAGACUGCUCUCCAAGCGGCUGCCAACGGUGGAGGACAAGUCAUCGGCGGAGGCGGAGCAGGCGGAUUUGGUGGCGGUUCUGGUGGUGGAUUUGGUGGUGGUUCCGGCGGCGGAUUUGGCGGUGGUUCCGGUGGCGGAUUUGGCGGUGGUUCCGGUGGCGGAUUUGGUGGAGGUUCAAGUGGCGGAUUUGGCGGUGGUUCCGGUGGUGGAUUUGGUGGUGGUUCACGCGGUGGUUCCGGUGGUGGAUUUGGUGGUGGUUCACGCGGUGGAUUCGGGGGUGGUCUUGGUGAAACUUACGGUCCACCAACUCCUUCAAAUUCAUAUUCUGCACCAUAG